UCCUGCUGACGAAACUCGAAAACUCGAAAGACAAUGGCGGCCGUUGAAGCAGUUGCAGCACUCUCCUUCUCACGUUACCCUUCAUCUUCCUCCAAAUUCCUCUUGUGUCCCAAACCCACAGGACUCUCUUGCUUAACUUACGGCAUUUCCAAGUCUGCCCCUAUCCUUUCCCACAGUUGCACCAUCUCUUCUUUGACCAAUUCCAGAAAGAAGCCGGACGUUCUACUCUGCUCUACAGUUCAGGAAGUAAAUGUAGAGGCUGAAACAGAGAAAACCCAGAAAUCAAAUGUGAAAAAAAAGCUUUUUGUGUUGAAUUUUCCAUGGUCUUAUACGGUUGCUGAUAUCAAAGAUCUCUUUGGCCAAUGUGGAAACGUAACAGAUGUUGAGAUUAUAAAGCAUAAAGAUGGAAGAAGUAGGAACUUUGCAUUUGUGACAAUGGCUUCUGGAGAAGAAGCUCAGGCUGCUGUCGAUAAACUCGAUUCUCAUGAAGUGUCGGGGAGAAUUAUUAGGGUAGAGUUUGCAAGGAGAUUCAAGAAACCAUCGCCUUCUCCACUGCCAAUUGUUCCUCCUCGUGAGACGUGCCAUAAGCUUUAUGUGUCCAAUCUUGCUUGGAAAGUUAGGUCGAGUCAUCUCAGAGAAUUUUUCUCCGCCUUUAACCCAGUUGCAGCUAGGGUUAUUUUUGGUACCCCUUCAGGACAGUCUGCCGGGUAUGGCUUUGUUUCAUUUGCCACAAAGGAGGAAGCUGAUGCUGCAAUUUCUACUCUAAAUGGGAAGGAAUUGAUGGCUCGGCCACUACGUUUAAAAUUCAGUGAAAGGAAUGGUGAUGAAUCUGGAGGUGAAAAGAAAGAGGAAAAAGAGCGUGAGGGUCAAACUGAAGAGUCUUAGAUCUUUGCUUGGACCUCAUCUUUCUCCAUCUUUUGCAAAUUAGUGUACAAAUGAGACUCAAGUCGAAAGUUUUGUCACCUGCCUAUAGAAGUGGUCUGUAAAUGUUUACAUUCUCUCUAAUUUUCCUUUUAUUUGUAUCUUUAUAAAGUUCCAUAUUAUUUAUUAUGCAUAUCACAUGUAUUCAAUUGGUAAGAUGGGAAUUGUUUUGUCUUGAAUGAUUAUUUAGAGAGAUGUCUAUUCCAGCUUUCCAUUUUAACA